AUGCAGCGUGCGGCAGAGCUAGUCACAAAUGGAAACAAAUCCCUUAGACAAGUUUGUCGUGACUAUGAGAUCAGCAAAACAUCACUGAUAAGAUUCAUGGAACGACUAAAAGAAAACCCAGAAAAGCCAAGAUUUGGUUAUGGGGCUCCCAGGUUAGUAUUUAGUAAAUAUCAAGAAACAUCUCUAUCUGAGUACUUGUUAACACUAGCCCAAAUUUUUCAUGGAUUGGGACCCAAAGAUGUUCGCCGUCUGGCUUAUGAAUGCGCUUUCAAAUAUGAGUUAAAGAUUGCAGAGACGUGGCACUCAAAUAUAAUGGCAGGAAAAGACUGGUUGACGAGAUUUUUUGGCAAGAAACAAUCGUCUUUCCAUCAGAAAACCAGAGGCCACUAG